UGUUUACGUUGUUAAACCUCAUAAACUCAUCACAGGGGGAGUAAAAACCGGCUCUAAAACCUCCAAUUCACCGGGAAUACCUUAUUCUUUUACAUUUUUGACUUCAACGGAACCGCAGCAUUAUAAAAAGAACAUGAGCCAGAACAUGAGCCAGGAGGUGGAGAAGCUGCAGCUGCAGGUGCAGCAGCUGCAGGAGGAGGUGCAGCUGCUACAACGACAGAGAGACGUCUGCAACCAGAACCUGGAUCUGCAGCUGGAGGGACCGGUACGGGAGGCCAUGGCGUAUCUGUGCGGCCGGGCGGCGGGCCGAGGGAGGGAGGUUCUGCUGGCCGGGCUGGUGGAGGAGGUGGAGGAGAUGGAGGACGACCUGAAGCUGCAGAACCAGAUGAGCGGAAUCAGCCUGAGGAGCUGCAGCAGGAAGAAGCUGCAGAGCAGUGGACCUGAGCUGGUCCAGGUCUGUGUUUCCGGUUCCUGCUCCGACCUGAACUUCCAGCUGGAGUUCCUGCUCUCCCAAGUCUCCCAAGUCUCCGAGGGGCGGAGCCGGGAGGCGUCGGUCAGCCGUCUCAACGUGGUGCUGGACUCCGACGACCUGCAGAACUUCUGCAGCUUCCUGUCCAGGGUGGAGGAGAACAACGACCUCCAGCUGUUCUGCAGAACUCUCCGGAGCUUCUCCGACAGGUGUGACGACCGGGCCAGAACCUUCCGCCACUUCCAGGAGAAGUUCCCGUCCCUCGUCUCUGUCCCCGGCGGCUCCAGGUCCGAGGUGAUGAGCGUCAGCCACCCCCAGUCGCCACGGUGUGUCCUGCUCCUCCAUUGGUCGGUGCAGGUGUCGGACGGCGGCGCCGUCACUCCCAGCAUGCACCUGGAGACCCGGAUCCCCGAGGAAGCUCGGCGUCGGUUCUCGUCUCUGUCCGUUAGCGGCGCCGCCGACGCCUUCCAGAGCCUGCUGGGGAUUCUGGGAGUUGAAGCCGCGAUGGAGUCGGUGAUCAGAGCAGUGGGACUGCUGGACGUCUGACCCCGCCCCCUGGAGCUCUGACCCCGCCCCCUUCUGAGGCUGUAACCCCGCCCCCUCCCGGAGCCCCGCCCCCAUACCAUGUAGCCCCGCCCCCAGCAUGAAGAACCACAGCACGCGUGUUUAGUCUGUUAGAAAUCUUUAUUCCGACGGCUCGGCUGCAGCAGAAACAGAAACAGCGAAGCUCGUCGGUCAAAAAUCUACAAAAAUAAAUAAUUUAAAUACAAAAUGCCUGACAGCAGCGUCGCCUUUGUACUUUAAAAUAGUUUCUUCUUCUUCUCUAUGUACAAACGCCGUGACGGGGGCGUAGCGGUGUA